AUGACGGAUAGCCAGCAGCAGUUUUGCUUGCGUUGGAACAACUUUCAAGCUAAUAUCACCAGCCAAUUCGAGGCUCUCAGAGAUGACGAGGAUUUCGUCGAUGUCACCUUUGCCUGCGAUGGCAGGCGUCUCCAGGCGCACAAGGUUGUCCUCUCCGCGUGCAGCCCUUACUUCAAGGAGUUGUUCAAGACAAAUCCAUGCAAGCAUCCGAUAAUAUUUAUGCGUGAUGUGGAAUUCGAACAUCUACAGUCGCUCUUGGAAUUUAUGUAUGCUGGGGAGGUUAACAUAUCUCAAGCAGAAUUACCUACAUUUCUACGAACUGCUGAGUCUCUGCAAAUCCGUGGCCUCACCGACUCUCAAAGUAAUCAGCACAACAGCGAAAAGCAUUUGAAAACAAACAACAUACACGCAUCAAACGGCCGUGGGCUGAUCUCACCAAAUUUGGAGGAGGACCGUAGCAAAACACCACCAGCCUCAAGUCCUCCACCAUUAAAAAGGCUGUGCAAACGAAGUGAUUCGCCUCAGAUAUCUAGUCCAGUACCAACUGCGGCGACCUGUGCAACUGGAACGCCACGCACACGGCCAUUAAUUGAGCCACAGGUUCAACUUGACUGCUAUAAAGAUCUCGAUAUUGUUGAGCCAAAAAUAGAAUUACCAGAAUAUGGAAGCGAUGAUGAUUGUUCUCCAAAGCAGGAGGUUAAUGCACUGCCAAGUGGUUUUCUUAGCCUUGAUGGUGGCAUGGAAGUUUUACCAUCGUACCCUCCUUCUUACCAGGGAGGAGGAGCUGGUGGUGGCGGAGGAGGUGGUGGCGGCGGGGGUAGUGGACCAUUAGAAGGUGGAAUGCCAGGACCAUCUCAUGCCGGCAGUACAGAACUAAACCAAGAGCAACAAGGUCGAAGGGUACGUCGCGGCAGGCCGCGGCUUGGAACAAGGGGUGGAAAACAUGGAUCCCCAUCGAUGCAAAGCAACUCACCCUCGAGGAGUGAAUGGCUACCCUUGGAUAUGAGGACUACACCUCCUGCUGCGAUGCCUGCUUUCCGUGGUUUCGAGGAAUCUUCCUCCGAUGGCGUGGUGCACUUGGGGGAAGGGAUAGCAGUUUGCGAGGAACAACUAAGGGCUGUGAAAUGGAGUGAUUACAGAAAAUUGACUCGUGGUCUGGCAGCAAUUUUAUUCAGCCCCACUGAGUUGGCCACAUGUUCAGUCACAGGACAACGAUGGAGUCGGGCUGGAACUGCAACUGAAAGACCGGUGAAACCUGCGCUAGAUAAAGCCAAGGUACAGGCUAUCAUAUCCUAUGUGACAUCGAGGUUUCCCACAGUGGACGUGAGCAGUGUAAAGCAAGUAUUGGCUUACAAGUGCAAAGAAAACUCGACGGCACUCAAGAUGAAAUCUAUUAGAUACAUUUGUGAGAGACAGGAAACAGAAAGAUUACCGAGAGCAAAUCCAGAGGAUAAGUGAAAGGUUAUAGGGGUGCGUUGAACGUGCAACUAAAGCCAUUUUCGAAGAACAUCGCAGCGUUCAUUUGACUCUGGUGAUUUCUAGCGACUAUCCUUUCCGCUUCGUCCUUUCUUCGCCGUCACCUGUUCAACGACACGUUAAACUAUGACUCUUAUUAAUUAGGCUGGCCAUGCCUUGUUACCGUAUACAGCCUUCAUACACCUCAAUUGAAUUGUUUAAAAGUUUCAGCUGUAAGGUCCAAAUAAUCGUUGACAAACUGAGUUGUUUUCAACAUUCUAUCUACAUUGGAACCAUGAAAUAGUAGGAUUAAUUUGUUAAGUUUUAUAGAUCGGUAUAUGUAACGAGUAAAGUCCAGGAUCUGGAAUAUCUUUGAGAGUAUGGAAAUGAGAGAAACGUUUCCUUGGUUCAACGGAUAGCUGUAAGUAAAGUUGCGAGAAUCUGAAUUUCGGGACCGGAGGGAAUACAUACUUUUGGUAGGAUCGAGUCCGAUCUCACCCGAAGUUAGCCGUUCUUACUCGAUCUCGGCUAAGUUCAGGAUCUCGCACACGUCUAGUUGUAAAUUGUAAAGUAUACUAUAUGUUGAGAUGACAAAGUAAGGUAGACGGUGUACAAUUUUUUAAAAGAAUCGUUUCUCUGACGCCUAUAAUCUCAGAUAUGUUCGAUUUAUUCGAUAUUUGGACUUAAAUUAAUUAGUGCUAUUGGAAUCUGGCGAAGAACCCUUUUGAAGCCUAUAGAAAGAAAUUCUAACCUAGAAUACAAAAAGUAACGAUCGAAAUUGCAGAUUUAAUAAUGUUGAAAUAUACUGUUGAGUUUAAUUGGGAGUAACUUGCAAGAACGGAUGAAAUAUAAAUAAUUUAGCGGAAAAUAUUGGAUAUAAAAGUCGGUUUAAAAACACUAAAAGAAAGGGAGAAAAUGAACGCGGCAUAUUUGAAUAAAACCAUCCUCGAAAGAAGACCGGAAUGAAAAAUCGUGAAACGAUGUAAAAUUUUCAAAAGGGAAAGGGUAGAAAAACAGAGGAAAAUUUCGUUAAUAAUAAUCGUAACCACUUAUUAUUAACGAAAGAAGAUUUCGUUAAUUAUUAAGAGUAAACGGAUAUAGCACUAGCGACCCCUUAGAAAGGCAUUAAACAAGUUAAUUAGGAUAAUAAAGGAACGGAUUGAAUUUAUGCCUGAUUAAUUUUUAAUUAACUUUAUACUAGGGAGAAAAACUAAUACAAUUUAUGUUUCUUUAUAAUGAAAGCUUAAAAAAAAAAAGGAAGAGUUGAAUGUUGAAUCGGUAAGGGUGUUAUUAAAUCAAAUAAUACCAAGAUUAGUAACAAAAAAAGAAAACAGGCAGAGUUAUUAAUGCUUAAUAUAUUGAGAAACGUAUCUUUCGUUUAGUUAAAUGUUUAUAUUACAGACAUGUUGAAGAAAUAAAAGUUGAAUUUUAAUUAUUCACAUUUUUAAAUUAUCUUAAAGAAAUUUAAUUUCUAAUUCAAUCAGACAUUGUUUUAUUAUCACGUUUGUAAAUAGUUUAUCAAAAAUUUUUAACGAUAUUAAUUUUAUUUGUUGUUUAUCAUAUUAAAAGUUCAAUUACUAUCUUUUUUUUCUCGCUAGUUUUCUGUAACAAUUUAACGCAACUGUUUACAAAAAUUUAAUAACGGUAAAAAGGAGAAAGAAAAAAGAAAAACUACCGGAAUACAAGGGUAGUCACUUUCGUAUAGAUAAACGCCUAAGAUUUAAACAGAUAAGUAGACAAAUGAACGGAAUAAUUAAAGAAAUGAUAAUAUUCAUUUCUUAAUAUAAAUAUAAAUAUAAAUAAAUGAAUGAAUAAAUAAAUUCAUAUUUUGUGUAUGUAUAUGUAUACACACAUACAGAGAUAAAAGGUGUAUGCAGAUACAUACGCAUGCAUAUAUUAAUUAUAUUGAAUUAUUAUUAUUAACGAGAAUAGAUGAGAACUUAUAUAUUAUUUGUUGGGAGAGCAUAUAUUAUACGAUAUUUAAUAUAUUUAGGAUAUUUAUUUGUUGAUUUGGUGAUAAUAUAUAUAUAUGUACAUAUAUAUGCAUAUAUGUAUAUGUAUAUAAAUAUAGAUAAAAGAUAUAUAUAUAUAUAUACAUAUAUAUAUAUAUAUACACACACAUAAAUAGUUAAAUAAUUUUUACAGGGCCUAUGAAAGGUUUAAACAAACGAAACAUGGUAUUUCGACGGGGAAAAAAUCGAUUGAUCAAUUUCAUGAUUUAAAUUUUAUUUUAUUUGCUUAAUUAAUUAAUUAAUUAAUUAAUUUUCCGUUUUCUUACUGAGAUCGAAACGUUGUUUAAAUUUUUUCUUGGGAAAUCAGAAUAUUCUUAUUGCAUUUGAUAUUUUAUGUAAAUUAAUGUUUAUUCAGAAACGUGUAAUUAGUAUAUUGGAAAGAAAAAAGUGCAAUUAAUUAUUGUUAGAUAAUUGGUAAUUAGUAAGCAAAGCCUAUAAUAAAAUAUUUAUAGAGUAACGCGAGGCCUAACAAAUACGCGUUAGAAGAUAUUGUUAUUCAAUUUUAAUUCUUAACUCGUUCGAUAUUAAGUUUGAGAAGCAGGUCGGUCGCUGCUUGCCACAACGUUUGAACCCCGUGUAUUCAGCCCGCGAUAUAGCGUGAUCUGCAGCAGGCGUGUUAAAUAAAUUUGAAAAUUAAAAUGUAUCGAUCUCGGUAAACUGUUUUAACAAAAGUAUUUUUUAGACGUUUUAUUGAUAACUAGUGCAAUAUACCUAUGUGAAUUUUUUCUUUAGGAAAUUCUUUUAGAAAUAAUAUACGCAUUUCGGGCACUUUUUACAAUUUAACAGAUUUAUCAAAUUUUAAACAAAUUUUAAACAAAUUUUUCUUGUUGUAUCUAUAGAUAAAAUUUUCAUUAUUUAUUUGAACGUUGCAGAGUAAAAUGUAUAGAUAAGAUUAUUAAUAAUUAAAACAUUGUUGUUUUAAUUAAUUGUCUGUUGUUUAUCAAAGUAUUAAAAGUUUCGUAUAAGUCAUGCAAUUAAAAAAUCGAUUGAUUGUGUAACAAAAAAAAAAAAAAAAGAAAUAUCGACGUUGAAAAUUUGAACAGAAAUUUUACACGUAAGAAGAUAAUGAACUUAGCAAUAAAUUUUCUAAACUAGUGAGUAGUAUUCGAAGAUUACCGCGGGAAAAAGAAACAAAUCUUUAAAUUCGAACAAUGUUUUCGAACAUUCGUACGUUUUAAAUGAAAGUUAUUCGAGGAAAUAGUUCGUUUUUACUGUCAUUAACUGACCAUCGGAACAGACGUAAAUUGCUUGUAAAUGUCUAGUCAAAUAAAACAGGAGAAGAAAACAAAGUUUCGAGCAAUAUGUUUUAUAAAAAUUUUUCAAAAAACGCGCAAAUUAUUUUUGAUUUGGUAAACGAUAACUGUAAUUUGUAGUUCAGGAAUUUUGCCACAAAAUUUUGUUAAAUUAAUUAAUUGUUAAAACCUUUCUUCAUUUCUUUCUGUAUAAAAUUAUUGAUAAAAAAAUUUAUUUUCUGUUGUUGGUAUUCUAAUUGUUAUGUUUCUUAAUAAAACUAAAAUGAUUUGUAAAUAAAUUAAUAAUAUUACUAGUAACAAUAAUUGUUAUUAUAAUAUAUUGUGAUUUAUAAUAAUAAUUAUUGUUACGUGAUUAGAGGUAACGAAAGAAACCUUUGUGAUGAAUGGUUGCAUUAAUAAUGAAUAAUUAACAAAUGAUUAAUCAACGCGUCCGUAUGAGCUUUAAUUACAAUUGUUAAUUAUUGAUUAUGAGGUAAUCGUUAAAUUAGUCACUGAUCAACGAGCUAAUUUACUUAGGGCAGAGAAUUCGCGGGAAUUUUACUCUAGAUGAAUAUAGGAAACGCGGAAAGGUGUUAGCUGUUCGUCGUCUACAUUUUAUGUUUUUCUUGAUUUUCAUGGAAAAUCAUGGUAACGCGAUUGAUAUUAAUCGCCUUAUUGAACACAUACGCGUACACAUUCGAUACUAGCCAAAAUAUUAUACAAACGAUUUUAGGUUUCAUUCAUAGGGUGAAAUUAAUCAUCAGAGUAAACAAUUUUAUUGUAGAUCACUUUCCUAUAACAUGAAAAUCUGAAUGUGUCAUUUUUACGAAAACAAAAUUGUAUUAUUAUUUGAUUAAUAUUAACAAAUAAUGUUAAUACUGAUUAUUAUUAGUGCUAUUGGAUCGCGAGUGUACAUACAUUGAGUUGCAUUGAACUUGUCGCAGUGAAGUUGGCUACAAAUUCACUAACGCAUUCAUGCCGCGUCGGUGAGUGAAUGCGUGGCCAACUUCACUAACGCAUUCACGCCGCGUCGGUGAGCCGAUCGGCGAGGUGCCGACGACGCGGUGUGAAUGUGUUAGUGAAUGUGUAGCCAACUUCACUGCGACAACUUCGCUGGGACUCAGUGUACGUACCCUAUGACUUUUAAAAAUGGGUGCAAAUAUCUCCAAACAACAUUUCUAUUAUGUAUAUUGAUAAUGUAAGAUAGCUUAAAAUUUGAAAUUUCGAAUUUAUUGAAAUAUUAUUUCUAAUACUACUACUAUUACAGUAUCAAUUUGGAAGACCGUAAUUAAAAAUUUGAAAAUUAAUUAUUCCUGUCUUUGAUAACUAGAAUUGUGAUAUGAUCUACAACAGAUAUUUACGUUAUAGAAGCAUUCCCCUAAUUUUCAAAUCGUGUUCACAAGUAAUGUUAUAGGAGGGUUAUCUAUACUUGAUUCGAUAAGACAACUGAAAUCCAUUUCGACCUAAGUGAAAGUAAAGAAAAAAAAAAAAACAAAGGGGUUCGAAUAGUUUUUGCUAAACAAUUUUAAAAUUAACAAUGAAAGAUAAUGAAGAAAAAAAUAGAAAAACUUUGCGACCAAGAAAAAGCGCGAAUUUUUCGUUAAUGAAAGAAAUAUAAAUA